AUGUCUUCCAACGUCUGUCAAUUCGAUCAAUACAGACUUAUCACAGAGUUUGGCGACGACUACUGCGAGCACAUUCUAGAUCUCGCUUCCGAGAAAAGUUCGUACAAUCCCGAUGCGCCGCAGGCUCAAAGGAAAGAAAGAUGGAGCAAAGUAAGGAUUCUUGGCAGAGGGGGGUUUGGGACUGUUUGGCUGGAAAAGAAUGAAAGAGGUGCACUCAGGGCGGUAAAGCAAAUAGCCAAGACGGAAACGUUCAAUAAGGAAGAGUUACUGGCUUUAACAAGACUGAAAACGCAUCCACAAUAUUUCGUAGAGCUAUUUGGAUGGUUUGAGAAUGAAGAAAAUAUCUAUCUUGCUAUGGAGUACAUGAAACAUGGAGAUUUGAACAGUCUGAUUCUCAAAGACUACUUGACUGAAAUUCAUGCAAAGACGAUCACAAUACAGGUACUCGAAGGUCUCAAGAUCAUGCAUGAAAAUGGGUUUUGUCAUCGGGACCUCAAGCCACAGAACAUUCUCGUGGUCUCAUUAUCUCCUAUGACCGUCAAGAUAGGCGACUUUGGUGUUUCAAAACAAGUAAACGGCACAGACUUACGGACGAUGGUCGGAACCCCGAACUAUACAGCGCCCGAAGUUCUAGGUUAUAUAUCUUCAGAAACCUCGUCUUACACAAAUGCUGUUGAUAUUUGGUCCCUUGGUUGCCUGAUUCAUGCCAUAAUUACCAAGGAAACACCCUUUACAGACACACGUCAGCUCUUGAAUUAUGUUGUGGGCCAGGCCCCUUUCCCAGAAAUGAGGAUGCUUGAUAAUGGUACAAGCUCGACUGCAAUCAAACUUAUCGCUAGUCUCAUGGUUGUACAGCCAGAGAAAAGAUUGACAGCGGAACAGGCACUAGGUCACCCUUGGUUGUCGUUUGAUAUGGAGGUGGAGGAGGCGGAUACAUUAUGGACAAAUCUUUCAGAUGAUUCAUUUAUGUUAACGGCAGGGAUAGGCCUGGGCAUAAUGAUGCCAGAUGACCACGAAGACCAACCCCUCCAUAACUGCCCAACCCCAUAUUGUGCAAUCAAACAUGGAAAUGCAAUCGCCCUGAGAAUACACCUCCAAGAAUAUAGUGUUGAUGUCAACGCAAAACAGCGAGGCGACACCACCCUAUUACAUAUGAUUGCCGAAAGUGGUGAUGAAGAUAUGAUGAGGCUUUUUCUAGAAUAUGGGGUGAACACUAAUACGAGAGAUGGAGAUGGGAGGACUGCACUUGACUUGUCGAUUGAGAAGGGGAAUAAGGAGAUUGUGAGGCUACUUCUGAAAGGUGGGGCAAGUGCAGCGGAGAAGGACUGUUUUGGAAAGUCAGCUCUUCAUCAUGUGUUAGAUCACGCACAUUUGAAUGGGCAAUGGUACAGUGAGGAAGUUGUAAAACUGCUAUUGGAAUAUGGCGCGGAUGCAAAGGCGAACGAUGCCCAAGGGAACACUGCACUCCACAAAGCAGCUGAAGAAGGAUAUGAGACGAUAAUACAACUACUUUUCACGUUCGGGGCAUCAAUAACGAAAAACAAUUCGGGAUGUACAGCAUUGCACAUGGCGGCCUCCUCGGGACAUACAAAUAUUGUGAAGAUGAUUCUUGAAAAAGGUGCAGAUAUAAUGGAUAAAAGUAAUUCCGGAUGUACGGCGCUUCAUCAGGCGACUGAUUCCGACUUUGCGCACAAGGACACCGUGGAGUUUCUCCUAGGAAGGGGAGUAGCUAUCAUGGCCAAGAAUGACCUUCAUAUGACAGCGCUCGACAACGCAGUCCGGAAAGGAGAUCAAGAUAUUGUGGAACUCCUCCUUGACAAUGGGGCUGAAAUUGUAACAAUAGAAGGUGCCGGAUUUAAUGCACUUCAUGCGGCAGCCCAAAUGCAGCACGAAGGCAUUGCAAAGCUGCUUGUGGCAAACGGGCCAAAAGCGUACCCUAUGAUGAAGAAUGAGAAGGGCGAAACAGCACUCGACGUUGCUGCUCAGCUAGGAUGUGAAUCUGUAGUGAAGAUCUUGCUCGAGAGUGUCCCUGAAAUCAUCGCAAAGACUGCUACCACAUCGCGAGCAACAGCCCUACACUUAGCCGUCAGCAACGGGCACGAACAAAUUGUGAGAUUACUUCUUGAUAGUGGAGCAAAUAUCAUGGCAAAAGACGGAGAUGGAUCCACGGCACUUCACCUCGCAGUAGCAAAUGGCGAUAAACCCAUUGUAGAACUGCUAAUUCAAAACGGUGCCAACACAAAGGAAAAAAACUCAAUGGGAAAGGAGCCACUAAAGGUGGCAAUCGAGAACGGCUACACAGAUAUACAAGUGGUGUUAGGAAAGGAAUCAGGUGUCAGCAAUGUUCAUGCAUUGAUACUUCUUCUCUUUGGGGUAGGCCUUUUCUUUGGCGAUACACAUGGAGCCCAGUUAGCGGGUAGUGUUUUUGGCUCGAUUUUAGCGAUCAGUAUUUUUCGAUAUUUCUUUUCUGAAUCACUUUUUUGGAUUCUCGGUGUUUUGGGUCUAGGACUUUUCUUUGGUGGCGCACAUGGGUCUGAUAUGGCGGUUGGCCUCGUGAUUGUUAUGCUUUAUGGCAGUUGGGUCGUUCGGAGUCUGCUUUUCGAACGGGUGAAGGAGCAGGAGCUUAGUACAACAGGAUCUGGGUAG